AGCACCAAGCUAUUCUUGACUUCCUAGGCUGCAUUUUGUCUUCACCAUAAGACUUCUUCCUUCUGCUUAGAAUUCUCCAAAACAUUUGCUUGCCUCUUGUUUUCUCCAACCUCGAUCGCUCUUUCGAUUCUCACUUGCAAUUUAAUUUGGGUUCAUUUUGAAAUUUUCUUGCACAAGAAAUGACUUGGAAAUGUCUCUGCUGCGGCUUUCCCAGGGAAACUCAAACCGUGAUGAUCAGUGCAAGUAACGAGAGCGAUUAUCCCUGGGAAAGAUACACUCUCAAGGAGCUUCUGCAAGCAACAAAUAACUUUCAUAACAAUAACAAGAUUGGAGAAGGGGGAUUUGGAAGCGUGUAUUGGGGUCGAACAAGUAAAGGAGUAGAGAUAGCAGUGAAAAGACUGAAGGCGAUGACUGCAAAGGCAGAGAUGGAAUUUGCAGUCGAAGUGGAGAUACUUGGGAGGGUGAGACAUAAGAAUUUGUUAGGUUUAAGGGGAUUUUAUGCUGGCGGGGAUGAAAGGCUUAUAGUCUAUGAUUAUAUGCCUAAUCAUAGCUUGAUCACUCAUUUACAUGGCCAACUCGCUUCAGAUUGUUUGCUGGAUUGGACUCGGAGAAUGAACAUAGCUAUUGGAUCCGCUGAAGGAUUGCUGUAUUUGCACCACAAGGCCAAUCCUCAUAUAAUACACAGAGACAUAAAAGCCAGCAAUGUUCUCCUAGAUAAAGAAUUCCAAGCAAAAGUUGCAGAUUUUGGAUUUGCAAAGCUGAUACCAGAUGGAGUUACUCAUUUGACCACUAGAGUAAAAGGAACUCUAGGGUAUUUGGCUCCGGAAUAUGCCAUGUGGGGUAAAGUUUCCGAGAACUGCGAUGUGUAUAGCUUUGGAAUUUUGCUCUUGGAAAUAAUUAGUGCCAAAAAACCAUUAGAGAAACUCCCUGGAGGUGUGAAGCGUGACAUUGUUCAAUGGGCCACUCCAUAUAUUCAAAAAGGUGCAUUUGAUCACAUUGCUGACCCUAGGUUGAAUGGCAAAUUUGAUCGAACUCAGCUCAAAUCGGCUAUCAUGGUCGCAAUGAGAUGCACCGAAAGUAAUCCAGAGAAUAGACCUAACAUGAUGGAGGUGGUAGAUUGGCUUAAAGGUGGGCUAAGGAGAAGGACAAAAGAGGUAUCCUACAUACGAGACAAGGUCGAUGAAGAGGACCAAAAUGAUACCGACUAACGAUGAAGAAGGUUUUGAAGUGGAAAAUGUCAAUGGAAUAGCUAGACAGCAUUCAAAUU